AUGGAUAAUUAUGCAAAAUUAGCCAUUCUUCUGGAGACUAAGGUGAAAGUGGAGAAUUGUGCUACUACUUUUGAUUCUUUCCUUUCUAAUUGGAGGUAUUUACAUAAUGGUGCUGCAGAUUCGACUGUUCGGAUUUGGUUGGGUUGGGAUGCAACUGUUUUUAGAGUUGAGGAAAUUGAAAAAUCCUCUCAAUUUAUUCAUGCUAAAGUGACCACCUUGGGGACUUCUCUCAGUUUUUUGUUGCGGAUUGGAGGGGAUCCUAUCCGCCAAGAGGCUACUGAGGACCUUACUUCCUUCAUUUAUGACUCGGACCUUGUUGAUUUAAAGUGGAAAGGGGAGCUUUUUACUUGGAAUAAUAGGCAAGAGGGAAGUUCUCGGGUUUGCUGUAAAUUGGAUAGGGCUUUGGUAAAUUUGCAUUGGAUGGAUACUCUUAGAUCUUCUGAAGCUACUUUCCUUCCCCCGGGGCUGUCGGAUCAUUCUCUGGCAGUGGUUUCAAUCCUAGGGAGGAUGAAUUUUGGCCCAAAACUCUUCCGGUUCUUUGAGGCUUGGAUUGGUAGAGAGGGCUUUGAGGAAGUGGUUACUAGAGGUCAAGAACGCCAUGCGGAGUUGACCCAUAUUCAGGUAAAUCUUACUGCCCAACCAAAUGAUUCAAACUUGGUUAAUUUAGAGUCGGAAGCCAAAAAGAAGCUUUGGGAAGCCCUAAGCAUUGAAGAAAAAUUCCUAAAGGAGAAGUCAAGAGUGAGGAAUAUUCAGCUAGGAGAUGGGAAUAAUAGUUUUUUCCACAAGUCCACGGUGUGCAGGCAAAACAGAAACCAUAUUUUGGAAGUGCAUAAUGAGGAGAAUGAGGUCAUAAAGGAGCCUAAUCUUAUUAAAGAGGAGGCUGUUUCCUUUUACAUGAAUCUUUUUGGAGCUAAUGCAAAUGAUGCUGGUUUUUUCCCUGAGUCUAUUCCUUUGCAGAAUGGCUUGAACCUUGAGCAGCAAAAUGGUCUUAUUGGAUAG